AUGCCGAGGAAUUGGAGUUCCAAAUCAUUCACUGCGUUGCGAUCCUCCAUUCAUUGCGAGAGAUCAUUAGAGGAUCCCGUCCAAUACAUCGAAGCGAAGAGGAGGAGGAGGGGGACGGGGGAUUGUGAGCGUGUGCUGAUGGCGGCGGCGGCGGCCCGAGCGACGGGGAGCAGCAGCAAUGUGGAGUUCAUCCGUGCGCGCAGCGACGAGCGGGAGUACCGCCGCGUGGUGCUCGCCAACGCGCUCGAGGUCCUAGUAAUCAGCGACCCCGACACCGACAAGGCGGCGGCGUGCAUGGAGGUGGAGGUGGGCUCGUUCAGCGACUCGAGGGCCUCGCGCACUUCCUUGGGCCCAGGGGUCAUGCAUCACUUUUCUCAGAAGUCUUUAAAAAUUGUUGGGUUAACAGAGCACAUGCUAUUUUAUGCCAGCGAGAAGUAUCCUGGAGAAUAUGAGUAUAUGAAAUAUAUCACAGAGGUUACUUUUCCAACAGUGUUAAGGAAGAGCCCACUUUCACAGUUAUGGUAUAAGCCUGAUAUGUUGUUCUCCACACCAAAGGUUCACAUUAUCAUUGAUUUCCACUGUCCAUUAUCCAGCCACUCCCCUGAAGCAGUUGUUGCUACUGAGCUCUUUGUUGAUUUGUUAGUAGAUUAUUUGAAUUCUUAUGCUUAUAAUGCUCACAUUGCUGGUUUAUUCUAUUCAAUAUAUCUUACUUCGGCUGGAUUCCAGCAGUGGAUGCUCCUAACAGCUACAUUUAUAAUUAUCAUGCUGACUGUUGCAAUUCUGAUGCAAUGUGAAGUUACUGGUGGUUACAAUGAUAAGAUGAGACUUCUCUUAAAUGCCAUACUAGUGCAAAUUGCGAAUUUUGAAGUUAAGCCAAACAGAUUUUCUGCCCUCAAGCGGACUAGGCUGCCGCUGCGUCGGCUGCUGCUGCUGCUGGCCGUCGCCGUCCCCGGCGCCGCCGCCCCUGCUGCUCCCGUCGCUCUUCAUCGGGGCGCCCCGACAGAUCCCCCAACAGACCCAGUGGUUGCGCCGGCGGCCGGCCCAGCCGCAGCCUCCGGCGCUGCGAGAGCAGCGAGUGCUGGUGCCGCCGCGACGGGCAACGCAGGAGCCGCCGGCGCGGGCGUGGGCGACCACCCGCUGACGUUCUUCAUGCACGACAUCCUCGGCGGCUCGCAGCCGUCAGGGCGCAUCGUGACCGGCGUGGUGGCGAGCGUGGCGAGCGUGGCGGCCAACGGGCAGCUCCCGUUCGCGCGCCCCAACACCAACAUCUUCCCGAUCCAGGGCGCGAUGUCGCUGCCGCAGGGCGCCAGCAACCUCAUCAACAGCAACAACGUCUGCCACAGCUGCGGGUGCACGCCGCGCCCCUCGGGCUUGGCACGGCCAGCGGCUGCCUCCGGCGAUGGGGCCGGCGGGGGCAUCUGCACCGCGAACUCCACGAGGAGAGCAACUUCCGGUGAAGGAUGUGGAGUGCGGUUGCUAUCAGAAACGUGUACAGUGGACUCAAAUACUAGUGCGGUUGCAGCCUUGCAAGGUUCGCGCAGGCGGUUCGCGGGAUGUGGAACGAGAACGAGUCAAGCAGCAGCAGCGAUGCUGUCCAGGAUGACCGGGAAGGAGGGGACGAGAUCGUGGCGGCACGUCCUACGUCGCGAAGGCACCUGCGUUGCCCGUCGCGGCGGCACCAGCACUCGCUGCUCCUGCAGCGCCGGAGGCUGCGGCUGGGCCGGUCAUCCCUACAACGUGCCCUACGUCGCGGGCCUCGGCGGCACGUCCUCCGCCGUCGUCCAGAACAAUGGCAACCCCGUCAACGGCGGCAACAAGAACAUCCCCUUCGUCAACGCCGGGGACCUGCCGUCGGGCGUCACGCUCCAGAACCUCCUCUUCGGCACCACCACCGUCAUCGACGACGAGCUCACCGAGGGACACGAGCUCGGCGCGGGGGUCAUCGGCAGGGCGCAGGGCUUCUACGUCGCCAGCUCGCAGGACGGCACCAGCAAGACCAUCGUGCUCACCGCCAUGUUCGAGGGCCCCGAGGCACCGCAUGGCGGCGACACGCUCAGCUGCUUCGGGGUCCACCGCAUGGCCGCGCCGGAGUCCCACAUCGCCAUCAUCGGAGGCACCGGCAAGUACGAGCACGCCAAGGGCUUCGCCGCCAUCCAGACGCUGCACCCUGGCGACGAGCACACCACCGACGGCGUCGAGACUCUACUCCAGUUCAACGUUCACCUCAUUUAA